AUGUCCAACCAUACUUUGGAUAUUCCAAUUGUCAUUGAAGUAUUUCUUUAUUCAAGUCAUGAUUCACAUCGUAUAGCUUCAAUUCAAGAAAGAUUACAAGGCUAUCAAAAGAGCAGUCAAGGGUAUCAAUUAGGUAUAGAGCUAUUGAAUAAUCCAGAUAAAAAUGUUAAGUAUUUUGGGGCAUUGACUUUGACGGUCUAUUUAAAUACUCAUGUUAUACCGAAUGACCAAAUCAAUAUUGCAUUCAAUGAGAUUUUAAGACAAACGUUUCUAUUAUGUGAUCCCAAAGAGAUUAAUGCAAACUUGUUUGUCAUAAGGAAACUACUUAGUAAUUUAUCUUUGAUUUAUAUUAAUUAUUUCCAAACCUUUGUCAAUGAUCCGAUAUGUUCGUUAUUAUCAGCUAUGUUGCAAAGACCCGAAAUCUCAGCAUCACAAAUACCAAUUAUAAUUAACGAAUUACAAGAUGAAACCCAAUUUGAGUUAUUAUUAACAUUCUUAGCUACUCUUGCGGAAGAAAUUUCCAGGCAGACGGAAUAUUUGCCUGAUUUGCAUUCACUAAUUCAUCAAACGAUAUUUCAGCAUCUAAAAGUAUUAUAUGAGAAGUUCUCACAAACAUCAGGAAUUCUUCCGGAGAAGUUACAAUUGUUGUCAUUGGAUUGUUUAAAUUCAUGGGUGGUGUAUAUUUCAGUGGCUGAGAAUCAUUCAGAUCAGAGAUAUGGUGAUGAUAUGGAAAUCUUUAUGACAUAUUUAUUAAAUCAAUUUAACCUAGGGAAUCAAACAACUAUAUUUGAAGACAAAAUGGAAAUUUACAAUAAAUCAUUUACAGUAUUAACAGAAAUACUAGAUAAUAUCCCACGAAUAGUAACCAAAUUUAAGCCCACAAUAUUAAGUAUCCUUUUUGAAGAGACUAAAUUUGGUGCUUCAUUCAUUAAUACAAUUUUAUUGAAUACUGAAUUUGCUGAAAUGUAUUCCCUGGAAAUUCAAAACUUUGUCAAUUUAUUGAUUACAUACUUAUCAUUAAAUUUAGUUCAUCUUUCAAGAACAGUCUUAACUGAACCAUCUGGCAAUAUUAUACGAAUAAUAAUGACUUUAACCAACUUCCCCGGAAAUCCGACCGAAGAUGAGAAAAUAAGUGAACAAUUGCUUGCCUUCUGGGAAGAAUUUGCCAAUACAUUUAUUGAUGAUGCAGAAGCCAUUGGAGAUAUAAUAUUUAACGAACAAACUCUUGCUCAAUACAAUUCAACCAGAGAUGCGAUUUUCCAUGAAGUUAGUCAGAUAUAUUUUAAGAAAAUGCGAUUAUUUCCAAAUGCAACGAAAGAAUUCUCCCAUUAUAGGAGUCAAGUUGCGGAAUUGUUUAUAUUAUUUUAUUCAAUGUUAGGAUUAUCAUUGUAUUCUUCGUUGUGUGACCUUAUUAGGAAUAAUUUAAUUCAAAUUCGAAAUAAUGGACAUUCUGAAGAAGUAGUGAAUGAUUUGGAAACGGGAUUAUAUUUGGUUUAUAAAAUCACUGAUGAUUUAACAUUUUAUGAUGAUGAGUUUGCAAUAGGAAGCUUAGUUCCAUUAAUUAAUGGGAUCUUUAAUGAAGAUUUAAUUGGAAGAAUAGAGGCAAUGCCUGAUUAUGCCAAUAAACAUAUCUCGGUCACAUUAUUAAACCUACUUUCAUGUUUACAUUUCUUUUUCAAAAGUGAUAUUGGAUGUCAUUAUUUACCAACAACAUUUAAUUUCUUAUUUUCAGUCAUCUUGGGAAACGCAAAACCUACAUUAUCAUUAAUUGCAUCCAAAACAGUAUUAAAAGUCUGUCAAGACUCUGAAGAUAAAUUAGUUGCCUUUUUACCAAAUUUAGAAAUGAUCCUUAUUGAAAUGUUGAAGAAUCCAUUAAUGGAUGGUUUAAUACGAGAAAGAAUGACAAAUUCAUAUAUUUCUAUUUCUCAAUCAAUUAAAGAUCCAGUUGAUUUGGGUAAUAGAAUUUACAAAAUAUUAAUAGUGAUAUCUGAACAAUAUAAUACAUUACUGGACCAGCCAGAAAGCUUUGUGAAUUCAACAGCCAGUCCAGAACCAACGAAAGAGAUUAUUGAAGAUUAUGCUAUUAGUUUACUAUCAUGCAUAAAUGAAAUUGGAAAAGCGACCGAACUUCCAGAAGAUAUUGAAGAUUGUCUCACUCCCGAGCAACUUACUCAAACGAACUUAUAUUGGACAGAAGAUCCAUUAAAUAUCAAAUCAAUGAUAUUGGAGAGUUUGAAUCAAUUUUCAUUAAAUAUCGAAUCAUUAGCUAAAAAUACCUUAAUGACGGAAAAAUGUUGUAAUAUUUUAAAAUCAGGAUUGAGUGAACCAAUUAAUGGCCCAUUUAAAUUUGAACUUGAGGUUAUAUUUUCUUAUUUAAUUGUCAAGAUUAAAAACUGUAAUAUUCAGAGUAUUCCUCCAAUUUAUAAACUUGUGGAAACUAUUGUCAUUACCAAUCGAAAACAAUUAACUCCAGAAACCUUAGGUUGCCUUCUUCAAGGUCUCUUUGGGGACAUAUAUACCAUAUUGGAAACAGAUAUUGAUUUGAUAAAAGCAUCAAUUGAAUUAUUUUCCACGAUUAUAGAACGAAGUCCAAAUUUAAUAUUAAAAAGUUCAUUAUUUCAAGAUAAGAUCCUAACAUAUGCAUUAUUCAGUUUGAAAAAUCAUGAAACAUUUACAAUUAAAGCGGUGGUUAAAUUCUGGGUGAAUUUAAUCACAUUAAAACGUGGUAAUGCCGAUGAUCACUAUUUAGUUCGAGAAUUAAUUACCAAGAAGGUAUUAAUGACAUCUGAGUUCCCAAUGGGGUAUGAUUUACUGGCGAUGUUAAUGGCGCAGUUUAUUGACGCUCCAAGAUCGGCAUUGGAGCAUUAUUAUCCUUUGUUCCGAAAUUUGAUUGGGAAGUAUCCCAUGGAAUAUAAGGCAUGGUUAUUAUAUUUUCUUUCGAAUAAUCAGGUGGGAAAAGUUGCUAGUACUCAGAAUGAGAUUAAUCAAUUUGUGAAUAAAUUAAUGAUUACUAGGGGUCAACGACAAGCUAAUGAGGUAUUAAAGAAUUAUUGGCUACAAGUGAAUAAAUUAACUGAAUAUAGAAAGUAA